GACGGAGUGUGCCGGGAAGCGGCUGUUGCCGGUGGGGGAAAUGUCUGUUGCGGGUAUAAGACUGGGGCCGACCCGAAGAAGGCAAGGACCGUACAAGGGAAUUCCCUCUUUCGUCCCCCCUCCUCUUCUGGCACAAAGCUCCCUCCCCGCCAUCCAAGCAGUCUUCCUCAUCGUCGACAACAGCGACAACAGCCCUCUCUUCGACGCACGCGUCGUUCCCCCCGUUCUCAUUAGUGUAUGGCCUUUCGCCACACUCUCCCUCCCCCGUCGCACAUAGAAAACGCGUAUCCUCCUGCCUAUUCCAACCCCGCGGAGCCAAUCUCGACUUCCCUUUCUGGUGCCUCCCAAAUGGCUCCUCCCGAUCCAGCUUCACCUUCCCUCUCAAACAAGAGACAGCGUCUCGACACACUCGACCCUCAGGGGGGCACCAUACCUCCCCCCGGCGACGAUGGUUUCAUUCAGGACCACGAAGCGGGCGACAGCGGUGCAGACGACGAUGAAGAAGAGGAUAAGCCCAAGUCCGACAAGAAAGCCGGAAGGAGAAAGAUCAAGAUCGAGUUCAUUCAGGACAAGUCCAGACGUCACAUCACUUUCUCAAAGCGUAAAGCGGGUAUCAUGAAGAAGGCAUACGAGCUUUCCACCCUCACAGGUACCCAAGUCCUACUCCUCGUCGUAUCCGAAACAGGUCUUGUCUACACAUUCACCACCGCCAAACUCCAACCCCUCGUCACCCAACCCGAGGGCAAGAAUCUCAUUCAAGCAUGUCUCAACGCGCCUCACGGCUCAGUUCCCUCUUCCAUGCCCGUCGGUACACCUAUCGGCCGUUCUGCCAAUCCAAUGAACAUGGGCGGCGGACCUCCUAACGUACCAGGCGGUCUGAGCAUCUCCGGUUCGGGCUCCAAGGACGAAGGUGAUGAUGGAGACGGUGAAGGAGAUGGAGACUCUGGCAAUGAGCGCUCUGCUCCUCCUACCAACAACACCUCCGGUGGUGCUGGUGGUCGAAAACGUCGUCGGGCGAGUAGCAGUGCUGGCAACGUCGCUAACAAUGGUAACUCUCCUACCACCCGUGCUGCCGCUGCCGCCGCCGCCGCAGCUAACCAGCAACAGCAACAACAAACUUCUCCCCCUGCACAACUCUCGCCAACUAGCGGUGGACCACAAGGAUCGGGUGGAGGUCCAACCUCACCACAUGCACGAGGGACGAUGCCCUUACCAAUCCCCCAAGCAGCCCCUGGAGGUCCUCAAGUAAUGUCUCCAACCGGAGGUCUUACCAGUCCAUUAGAUCAUAGUCAACAGCAACAACACCGAGGUCCUCCUCCUCCAUCUCCUUCUUACACCCAUGCUCCUUAUCCCGGAAGCGAUAUGUAUGGCGGUCAAGGUGCUCCUCAACCUGGAUAUGGACCUGGACCUGGAGGUCCACCUGGUCCUCCGCCUUAUGGUUACCCACCUGCACCUCAUGAUCCUGCGGCUGCGGCUGCGGCCGCUGCUGCUGCUGUGGCUGCUGGAGGACAGGGAGGAAUGGCGCCGCCUCCUGCUUGGGGGGCGCAACCGGGUGCUGUUCCCCAGUAUGGGAGGAGGUGACUUGCUCAUAGUGGGAUGAGACAAGACAAGGGUUGGUGGAGUUAUGAGAAUGGUGGUGGUAGCGGUGGAUAAGUUGAUUGAUUAACGGAGUCAAGUCGGGUUGAGAGUGCGUGCAGUGUGUGGACGGUUCGUGUGAUAUAUGGAGGUGGGUAGUUGGUCAAUACGAAGAAAGUGUGACUGGUUUUUUUUUUCCAUUAUUGUUUGUAGCUUGAAAGAUGUAUCGAAGAGUUUCUCGCGUUUCUUGUCUCUUUUCUUUUCUUACUUCUUUCCUCCCCCCGUCUCAGUCCUUCCUCUCGUCUCUCGUGUUAUUCGUGUUAUCUGUCUGGUCUGGCUUUUUGUCUGUCUACGUGUGUCUAUGUGUGUGUGUGUGUCUUUUCUGUCUCGUCCAGCUUGCAGAGUGCCCAUAUACGAUUUUACGACUACUACGAUGAUGAUCCUCGCGAGCCCUCUCCUCUCCAAUUACCUCUCGUCUUUGGUCUCGUCUACAUACUCUUCCCCCCAUCUUCGUCUUGGGUCGGCAGGUUCUAGUAAUUCAGGUAUACCUUGAGCUGUGAUCGCUUCCUCUUCUCCAUAACUUCCCCAUUCAGUUUCUCUUGUGUAUAGUUAGUUCAAAAUUGUAUCAUGUACCUGAACAUGAAGAUGAGCUAU